AGGGGCAGGGAUAAUUUAUGGACGCCUUGCAGGCCUACCGUUCAAGAUAAUAUUGCCAAUAUUACACAUUGCUAUUGGUUAGUAAAUUCAAAAAAAAUCAACACAAAAUUAUUUGAAAGGAAACUUCUCUUUAGAACCUAUUUAAAGUUUGAUGCUGGGCGAAAUGUUUGGAAAUAGUUGGCAGUUGGUAGCUAUAGAGCAGGCAUUGAAAUAGUGAGCAAUAAUUUAGCAUAAAACCUUAAUCAUAGUUUAUGGUAAUUUAGGUAAUUUCCAAGACAAAUGGAGCUGACAAGUGUUGUAAUGGAUUUCUGAUGAACUCAAAAACAAACAUUUGUUGCGGUAAAAAGAUUUAUCCACUUUUAUAUGGACACAGAAACACUGGAUUUUGUAGACAAAGUUUGCCAAAUUCAGAAAAAUCAUUUAAAGAAAAUCUUUUAAUUGGCAAUUAUGUUUUAUAUGAUAAACGAAAUUCAAUCUGUUGUUCUGGUAAAAUCACAUUGAAAGCAACUUUAGGGAACAACGGUUGCUGCCGUCAAGAAGCUUAUAAUGUCAAAACUCACAUUUGUUGCAAUGAAAAGAUUUUUAAACGAAGAAAAGACGCCAUUGCGCGUUGUUGCAAUGGACAGCCUUUCGACCGACGACAUCAUCUUUGUUGCAAAAAUUCACUACAUAAACUCAUCCCGGGUUUAUCAAGAUACUUGCUUUGUUGCAACCAAGUGAUGUUUGAUCGAAGAAAAGAAAAAUGUCUCUUUGGAUCUGUAAUACCCUUGCAAUGCAAGAAAACUGUUUAAAAAUGUAUAUGCUGUGGAAAACUGCACAACAAUAAUAAAUU